GCGCCGAGUGUGGCCCCAGGACUCACCUGGCACAGUCCGAGGGAAUUUAGGGGCUCGGGGGCUCUCAGCGGGGAGGAGUGAACAUUACAGAACCGAGCUCAGAACCGAGCUCGUGGAGGGCAGCCGGUUGCAGUUUUUGCGGUGAUUAUGCCGCUUUAUGUACGAAGUUGAAGUUUGCUGCUAAAGAUGGCAGACCCAGAUGUCCUCACCGAGGUUCCUGCAGCAUUGAAGAGGCUAGCCAAGUACGUGAUCCGGGGGUUUUAUGGCAUUGAGCAUGCUUUGGCCUUGGACAUCUUGAUCCGGAACCCCUGUGUGAAAGAGGAGGAUAUGUUGGAGCUGCUCAAGUUUGAUCGGAAGCAACUUCGAUCAGUUUUGAAUAAUUUAAAGGGAGAUAAGUUCAUCAAAUGCAGAAUGAGGGUAGAGACUGCUGCAGAUGGGAAAACCACUCGCCAUAACUACUACUUUAUUAAUUAUCGUACUCUUGUUAACGUGGUAAAAUAUAAAUUGGACCACAUGAGAAGGAGGAUUGAAACUGAUGAGAGAGAUUCCACCAACCGGGCUUCCUUCAAAUGUCCUGUCUGUAGUAGUACUUUUACGGACUUAGAAGCUAAUCAGCUCUUUGAUCCUAUGACAGGAACUUUCCGCUGUACUUUUUGCCAUACAGAGGUAGAAGAAGAUGAAUCAGCAAUGCCCAAAAAAGAUGCACGCACACUUUUGGCAAGAUUUAAUGAACAAAUUGAGCCCAUUUAUGCUUUGCUUCGGGAAACAGAGGAUGUGAACUUAGCCUAUGAAAUACUUGAGCCAGAACCCACAGAAAUACCAGCCUUAAAACAAAGCAAGGACCGUGCAGCAACCACUGCUGGAGCUGCUGGCCUGGCAGGUGGGCACCACCGGGAAGCAUGGGCCACCAAAGGUCCCUCCUAUGAGGACUUAUACACUCAGAAUGUUGUCAUUAACAUGGAUGACCAAGAAGAUCAUCGAGCCUCACUAGAGGGGAAAUCUGCCAAAGAGAGACCCAUUUGGUUGAGAGAGAGCACUGUCCAAGGAGCAUAUAAUUCUGAAGAGAUGAAGGAAGGUGGCAUAGAUAUAGAUGCGUUUCAGGAGCGUGAGGAGGGCCGUGCAGGGCCAGAUGAUAACGAGGAGGUCAUGCGAGCACUGCUCAUUCAUGAGAAGAAGACCCCCUCUGCCACAGCAGGCUCAGUGGGGGCGGCUGCUCCUGUCACUGCUGCCAAUGGCAGUGACUCGGAGAGUGAGACCAGUGAGUCAGACGAUGACUCCCCACCUCGACCAGCAGCUGUGGCAGUACAUCAUCGGGACGAGGACGACGAGGAGGACGAUGAGUUUGAGGAAGUAGCAGAUGACCCCGUUGUUAUGGUGGCUGGCCGACCAUUCUCCUACAGUGAAGUGAGCCAGCGGCCAGAGCUAGUGGCCCAGAUGACACCAGAGGAGAAGGAAGCAUACAUAGCAAUGGGACAGCGCAUGUUUGAGGACCUCUUUGAGUGAGCUUUCCCUAUCUUUUCUUCCUUUCUCCAAUGCUAAUUUCAAAAAGAAAUUCCCUACCUUUGAAGAAAAGUGUUUAAGUGGUGUUCUGCCUUUCUUGAAGUAAAGAGCUCAAGAAUAAUGGGAGAGAAAGUUUGAUUUUUAUGCCAGAAGCUUCCCCAAAGGUAGGUUGGCUAUAAGCAUUUCCUUCCCUGUUAUUACUACAGUAUUAAUACCUUGCUGUAUUUCAAAUUUACCUAAUCUUUGCCCCAUUUUUCUCCCCUUCUGAAAUGAAUGCAGGCAGUCUUCCUGUCUGCCUGUAGAAGCCCACUAUGAUAGGUUAUACGAAUUCACUGAUCACCUCCGUUUUGUUCUCACCAAGGAUUCCCAACAGUUCCUGGUAUUGCUGCCAAGAAGUUUGGCAACAGGCGAAUCAAUGAUGAGUGACAGAAAAAAAAAUCUUAAAACUUCUUAUUGCCACACAGUUGAGGAUUGGAGUCAAUAUAUAAGACUCCGAUGAAAAUUUGUGUCUUUCGAGCUGACUUGACUGAUAGUGUGUUGUUUUGCUUCAUGCCUUUUGGUUUGGCUGUUGGAUGAUAGAAAACAGAAUGUAUACUUGGUAAGCCCUUGUGAAAUUAGGAAAAAAAACAUGGAUAUCGGACGAGUUCCUGUACAGGGUUGAAGAGUGGAGAGCAUUGGGAACAGUGCCUUUUAGAAUUGCCUGAAUUUGUGCUGAUUUGGACAUCCUUUAUGGAAAGCUGAGACUGGUUCCCUUCUUUUUCCUAUCUUCUACAGUGGUAUAAAUUGUUGAAUGAGGCCAUUCCAGCAGAAAUCAGCAUAUAAAAAUUAUUACUCCUCUCUUUUUUUUCCUUUCUUAACAUCAUUGAAGGCCUUCUUUGUCUCUCUUUUGAUUUUUGUCCGACAUGGUGUUUUAGAAUACAUCUAGUGCAUCGUUGAACAUUGUAACCUCAAGGAAUGUAGCUUACUUUUGGUUCUGAUGUAUAACAUGGUAUUAUUCCCUAAGGCAGAACUUUAAAAAUAAAGAAUAUUCAUGCAA